CCUAUUUCAAUCUCAUCAUCAUUCUUAUUUCCUCAUUCCUCUUCAUCUUUAAUCCCUUUAACUUCAUCUCAACUUAACUCAACUUAUCAAUCACAUCACAUCAUGUCAAAUAUUAACCAUUCUCCUUCAAACUCUUUAAUCACUCCAAGAUCAAGAUCUAGUUGGCCUACGACUACGUCAGCUUUCUUUGCUUCUCCUUUCUCUUCUAAUUCUUCAAGACCUCCUUCUUCACCUUCAAUCGCAGCUGGUUUCUUAUUCGAUAAAUCAAUUGCUGAAGAACCUGAACCUGAAGUACCAAUCGAAGUUCCAUUCAAACUUCAAUCUAAUUUCAAUUUACGACCGAUUCCUGCUUCAGUUUAUCAUCAAAGACCUCAAGAUUUCGCAGACCAACCUGAUCGACUUGAUCGACUCUUGGCCGAAUUCGAUGCUCAAACUCUUUCAAUCUCUUCAGCAUCUACUUCUAAAACUUCAUUAGAAUCAAUUGAAGUUCAACAUUCUUCAGAAGAAGAACAUGCAAGUUCAAUUGAAACCGAUCUUGAAGAUGAAGCAUGGGAAUCUUCUUUGGUGUCUAUGUCUAUCAAUCAAAGCAAACGAUUGAGUUGUGAUUGUGUAAAUUGUGGACUGAUUCUUGGAUUUGAGAUUGGGACUAGUAGUGAAGGUUGUGCAAGUGCUAGUACGAGUGGAGGUAGUGGUGAGGAUAGUUGGACUACUCCGGUCAGGGUGAGGUUUUGUGAAGGAGCUGUAGAAGAAAUUCUAACUUGGUCGGCUGAGACUUAUGAUCGCAAAGGACCUGAACCAGUGAACAAGCUGAGUAUGAGAGAAAUGAUUGAAUUGAAAUUGAUUAAAGAAGAAGUCUUGAAAACCGGUCAAGAAGGACACUGA